ACAUCCGGCUAGAAAGAACGCGCCUCAAAGAGAAAUGAAACUACCUCGAGUUACAGUUUCAUAAACUUUGCAGGUUUUUCAGCACCAGAAUGUCUAAACUAGAUGUGUUCAGGGAUUUUAUCACUCAGCAAUUAACAACGGCAGCUUUGGAGAUAUUUGCAGCCGCUGAAAAAUCGUUUUCCGAGUUCGAAGAGGAGAUUUCUCGUUCUAAGGAUGAGAGCGCACGACUGCAACGGUUGUUGGACAUUAUUACUCAUCCUGAAAUCAAACUUCACCGAACAGAUGUGCAGCAGUUCUCUCUCCCGGAGCCCCCACAGAUUAAAGAGGAACAGGAGCUCUGGACCAAUCAGGAGGAAGAGCAGCUCCAAGGACUGCAGUCUGAAACUACACACUCCACGUUCACUUCUACCAGUGUGAAACACGACUGGGUUAAUGAGGACUUUUCUGAAUGUUCACAUCUUGACCAAACUGUUAAAGUAGAGAACAGAGAAGGAGACUCUCUUCCCACCAACACAAUUGAGGAGCAAAUCAAAGCCGAGCCUGAUGGACAAGACUAUGCAGCACCAGAACCAGGCAGUGACUCUCACCCCCUCUCUGUUGGAGCUCCAGACUGUCCUACAGUUCAGAGUUUGGAGGAAGAACAUAAAGGAGUGCUGCUUCUUCUGAACAGAACACAAGACAGUGAGGCUCUGCCAAGAGAACAUAUGCCACAGAAACAUCACACAGGAAAAACAGUACAUCAGUGUCAACAAUGUAACAAAACCUUUGGUGGAAAAGGUGCUUUGGUUUUUCAUAUGAGGAAACACACAGUAAAUACAUCUUAUCAAUUUCUACAAUGUAACAAACGAUUUGCUGAAAGUGGUUCUCUGUUGAAACACAUGAUGACACACACAGGAGAGAAACCCUUUCAAUGUCAGGAAUGUAACAAACUAUUUGCUAGAAGAUAUACUCUGGUUGAACACAUGAGGACACACACAGGAGAGAAAUCUUAUCAAUGUCAACAAUGUAACAAACGGUUUAGUAAGAGUUGUAACAUGGUUAAGCACAUGAGAACACACACAGGAGAAAAACCAUAUCAAUGUCAGGAGUGUGGCAAAUGCUUUGUUAAAAGUGAUUCUCUGUUAAAACACACAAGGAUACACACAGGAGAGAAACCUUUCCAAUGUCAGGAAUGUAACAAACUAUUUGCUAGAAGAUAUACUCUGGUUGAACACAUGAAAACACACACAGGAGAGAAACCAUAUAAAUGUCAGGAGUGUAGCCAACUCUUUGCUCAUAGAAGUUCUCUGUUAAUACACAUAAGAACACACACAGGAGACAAACCAUAUCCAUGUCAGGAAUGUAACAAAGUGUUUGCUCUGAGGAGCAAUCUGGUUCUGCACAUGAGGACACACACAGGAGAGAAACCUUAUCAAUGUAAGGAGUGCAGCAAAUUCUUUGCUCGAAGUAGUUCUCUGUAUAAUCACACGAGGACACACAGGAAAGAAACCACAUCAGUAACAACAAUGUAAUAGAUCUUUUGCUGGGAGGCUGAGGCCUAUAUGAAGCAAAUACAAAAUACCUGGGAUAUCUUUUAGUUACCUGGCUUUACUAAGCCUAACCAGGGGUUUUUCCUAGCUCAGAAUGGGCCUUUGAUGGAUGACUAUGCACGUCAGUAACCAUGAUCGGUCUGUGUUCAGUAAAACAAACUAGAGAGGGUAAACUAGAGAGAGUACAAUUUCUGAAGAAAUUGUGAGGUGUGCUUGCGUCGGUUGCAGAUCGGUCAAUUUGUACUUACAUAUUACAACUGAUAUUUGUGUAUAUUUUAAAUAAGUAUCCAUAGUUAUUAUGUAUGAAGAUUGCAUAGAUUUUAAAGCAUUUCGUGCUGCUCACACUACUAAAUACUAAGAGUGUGUAGAAUGUGAAAAGUGAAGUGAAGAAUAAAACAGAUUUCUCUUCUCAUUUCCCUUAGCCUACUUCCUCUUGCACUAUGUGGCAGCCUCACAUCAUUGAAACAGUUGCAUAAAAACAAAGAAAUUGGGCAGUUGUGUGUA